AUCCUCAUCAUUUUGAUCAUGCACGCUCAUUGGGUGCUUAGCGUGUGCCACAAACUCGGUGAGGAUUUUACAUGCAUUAACUCGAUUCCCACAAUAAUGCUGUGAAGUUAGACUGUAUUACAGAUAGGAAACCUGAGGGCCCAGAGAGAUGGACUUAAUUUACUCAAGACCACACAGCCAGUUAGAAGGAAAUGGUGUUUUAAGUUGAAGAUGAGUUUUCUGUAGGGAUUCUGUGUGUGUGUGUGUGUGAUUGUAUUUCCUAAUUACAUCUGCUCAUUGUCUCCUGUGUUAAUUUCAAUUUCGAGGAGAUUAAGGAGGAGGGCCUCUCCCCCUUUCCGUCUCUGAGACAAGAACCCUUUCUGAGUACAGAGUAGUUUUGAGAAAGGGGAGUGGAAAGAGUCCCCUGGGGUUGUUUAACAGAGGAAAUGAGGAGCCCCGAGAUCUAGAAAUCGCUUGGUAACUGAAACAUUUUUUUCACUGCAGAUGCAAAAAGCUGUAGGAAGUGUUUGCUUUUAAGGCACAGUCACUAUAACCCUGAACUGGCAGCAUAAUUUUCGAAGGCUCCAGCCUGGAACCAGGACCUUGCUAAUUUCUGUGACUCAGGCCUGGUUUGUUUGCUUCUUUAUCUUUUGUUCUUUUCUGUGAAUGCUUCAUCGCUUGCUCAUACUUCUCUUGGGAAUGGUCCCACUUUCAAACCUCGGGGUUAACAGGCUCUGAAUUACCGUUUAUUGCUGUCUUUGUUCACUGUCAUUCAAGGCUUCAGAGCCAACCUGGUGGAUCCUGGGGAGAAUAGCCUCCUUGUAGCCGGCUGAGUAGGCUGGAUAGAGUGGAACAAGCAAGACAACUUUCAUGGCUUGGUUUUUCUACCGUUUAAAAUUGAUGUAAAAUUACUUGAGUCAGCACAUUUAUUCUUCUAAACUAGUGAGAGAGGGUGGGAUAAAGAGAUCAUCUUGAGCUGCUUUUUGAUGAUGAUGUGUUAGUUUGGCCACCUGAUAUUUCGAAACUGUCAAGAAGCCACAACUGUACACAUAGUUAAGAGUUAAAUCAUCAAAGUUGUGGGAUUUUUUUUUUUUUUAAUUUAAAAUGUUUUUGGAGCCGCCUACUGGCAGCCAAAACCAACUGAAAAGUGCUGUUCUCCAAAGUUCAGAGAGCCAGAGUUGAGGCUGGAAGGAACCUGAGACAUCCCAUGCUGGGGGUGGGGGGCAAAAGCACAGGGUCCUGGGAACCAGAUAGACUUCUGCUCUAACGUGGGCCCCACCCCUGAUUAGCUCUGUCACUUUUGAGCAAGUUAAUUUCUGAGCCUCAGUUUCCUUAUUAAUCAAAUGAGACAAAUAAGUACCUCAAGUCUGUCGCAUACAAUAAACAUUGAGUAAAUUGCAGCUCUGAUGACUUUAUGAACAUUUUGCCAAUAAAGACACUCAGACCCAAAGAUGCUAAGUGACUUGCUCUGGUUUGAAGUGAACUUGUGGUUAAUAUUUACCGGGUACCUGCUGUGUGCCUGCUUCUAAGUGAUACACACUUAUUCCUCCUGUUGGCCCUAUCUCCCCAUUUUAGGGAUGAGAAAAGUGAGGCACUGAGAAGUUACUAUAUAGAUCCUGAAUACACACAAGUUCUGAGGAGCAGAGUCAAGAAUUCGAACUGAGCAGGCUAACUCCAGAGCCAUGUGGCCUCAAGAGUUGUGACUGUCAAAAAGUCUGUGACCUGCUGAGGAGUGCAGUCUGAAGCCCUGCUUUCCCUUUUAGCUCCAGAGGACCAGCCCCAGGGAGAGCCUCCGUUCUUGGGCCGAAGCCAAGGGAUAAUGAUUCCUGCUUCUCGCCUAAGUUGAAUAAGCACCUUGUGCACUUUAAUCCCCUGUCAGUGGCAUCAGGCUGACCGAAGACAGGUUUUGGAAAUUUCAGCUACAAAGACAUCCAGCCAAAGUCUCAGUCUUGCCUUAACAAUGUUUCAGAGAUUGAAUAAAAUGUUUGUGGGUGAAGUCAAUACUUCUUCAAACCAAGAACCAGAAUUUAGUGAGAAGGAAGAUGAUGAGUGGAUUCUUGUUGACUUCAUAGACACUUGCACGGGUUUCUCAGCAGCAGAGGAUGAGGAAGAAGAUGACAUCAGUGAAGAGUCACCUCCCGAGCACCCUUCAGUCUUUUCCUGUCUCCCUGCGUCUCUCGAGUGCUUGGCUGAUACGAGUGACUCCUGCUUCCUCCAGUUUGAGUCCUGUCCAAUGGAGGAGAGCUGGUUUAUCACCCCUCCCCCAUGUUUUACUGCAGGUGGAUUAACCACUAUCAAGGUGGAAACCAGUCCUAUGGAAAACCUUCUCAUCGAACACCCCAGCAUGUCCGUCUAUGCUGUGCAUGACCCCUGCCCCAGUCUCGGUGAGGCCCACUGUGGGACUGAGGAAUUCCAUAACCCAGGCAGUCCCAGAGUGGAAGCUGAGAAUGAGAUGGGGCAGCAUAUUCAUUGCUAUGUUGCAGCUCUCGCUGCUCAUACAGCUUUUCUGGAACAACCCAAGAGCUUUCGCCCUUCGCAGUGGAUUAAAGAACACAGUGAAAGACAGUCUCUGAACAGAAAUAGCCUUCGUCGCCAAAAUCUUACCAGAGAUUGCCACUCUCGGCAAGUCAAGCACAGCGGCUGGGCUGUCCAUCAGCCCUGCCCACGUCAGUACAAUUACUAAGAAUCUGAAGCGUGUCUGGUUGGCUUCUCGUAGUUUGUGCAUAUGUGUGGCCCAUGUGCAUGUAUGGACGGUGAAGAUGCUGUCUCUUUACAGCCAACAGAUGACCAAUCACAUAGUUUUAUCCAUGUGUUUAGACACUAUCUUGAAAACCAGAUUUAUAUGCUGUGUAUCACGUAAUGCCUUGCUCUUAACAUUUGCUUUUUUGUAAAAAUUUUUUCAGAAUAUUUUUGGAAACAUAUCAAUACAGUUAGUGUAUGGGAAGGUCUUUAAAUCUAUUAAGGUGUACAUGAGUUAGCAAUUUAAAGAUGUUUCUUCCCAAGUACGAGAGUAGGCAUCUUUCAAUUUCAUUUUAUUGGGUAUUAAUCAGUCUUUUGAGUAAGCAGAAAUUUAUUCUCAGGGUCAGCCAUACACUUUAUUGACCAGUACUUGAUAAUCUUUUUCUGUAUAUAAUGAAUACAUUUUUACACACUAACAUGAGCAUUAACAGGUGAUGUGGUUGCCACAGAUAUAAUGGAAUUAUGGCUGAACUUUCUCUUGGAAGAAAACUUGAUAUAUUUCUGUGUGUAUGGGGUUUUUAUUUCCCAGAUUAGCCAUGCAGUUCAUUUUGGAAUUCAGGUACAUUAAGUGUUAGUGAACAGUGCAUUCAAUAAUUCCGAUGUGACUGUGUAAUGUGGUACAGACAUUACGGCAUCGUGGGACAACAGUGCCCGUCUCACGUGCAGAGGGAUUAAAUUCGACCUGUGAAAUUGUAUUUGGGGAAAUGUGUAUCUGUAAGUCAUGUUUGUCUGGGUUCUUUCCUGCCAGCUCUGCCUGCUUGCCACCUCACGUCAGCUGUAAGUUCAGAAGUGCGUGUCUGGCACUCUAGUGGCUCCCCAUUUAUAUCUGCCCAGGGGAAGAGGGAUAGGCUUUGCAUUUCUGAUGCAGUGGUAGAUCCUCUGCUAUAGAGUCUGUUCCGCCAGCUGGCAAGCAGUUGUGAAGGGAAUUCCUGGUGACAUCUAUUCAUAGCAUCUAAAUGAAGAGUGACAGGUUGAGUUUUUCCUUGAGUUUAUAUAUAUAUUUAACUUGGGCUUCAGGCAAAUUCCUUAACCACUUUGGCCUUUGGUACCUCCACCAGGAGGUACCACACACCUCCCUCCCAGCCGUGAGGACCGUGUACUGAUUUGAAGUGGGGCUGUCCUGAACUGAUCCUUGUGUGAAAUUCCAAGGGCCCCUCUGCCGAGUCUAGUGCAGGGGCAGGCCGGGGCAGCCUUUCGGCCAUAACUCCUCUUCAGAGUGUUGGUAAUUGUGAGGCCAGGGUGCAGGGUUUGAGUCACACUGAGGCCAGUUAGCUCAGCGAACGCAGAGAAAACCUAUUUCUUUACCUUUAGUCACUUUAUUUUUUCGCAGUUGGGAUGGGUUUUGCUGAGCCAUCUGCACUCUGACCAGUUUCCUCUGAAAUUAAGUUGAACACAUUUACAACCCAAAGCACAUUCUACUGACAGAGCAGUAAUACUAUCACCUCCAUAAUCAAAUAGCUUAUUUUUCCAGUCUCCUCUGCAAUCCUAAUUGAGUACACGACUAGACAGUGUUGUCAAGGAAAAAGCAGCAUAUAGUUAUGUGAAGUAUUGUUUUAUUCUUCAGCAGCCCUGUAGCAGCUGGGUGCAGGGAACCAUGGGAGACUUUGCAGUGAAUUCUGACCAGACUGGGAUGUGUGAAGUCGGGAGAGGUGACAUAGCUUAGUUAGAUGAUGGUGGUAGGCUGUUCUUCCACCACUGGCUAUGCUGAAGGGCCAGGAAUCUCUCUCCAGAACAAGGGUCUAGAUCCUCCUCCUCACCUUAGUCCCCUUCCGUUUUGACUACCCCUUUAUUUAUUUGUUUUCCUCAUUAGGGGCCAAGUCUGUUAAGUUUUGUCAAACUGAGCUAGAAGUUGUUUUGUUACUAUUUGUGUUUACCAGCAUUGGGAGAUAGAGUGUUCAUGAAAGUGUGUAUGUUUUAUGCAAUGACUGUUAAAGGGCCGUAUGUUGCUAACUUGAGCAUAGGUGUAAGCCUCUGAAUACAUGGGGGUCUCCUUUUUUCACAUACUAAAUGUAAGCUGUUAGUACCUCAUGAGCUCCAGAAGUUUAGCCAUGAGAAUUUGUUUGGCAGCAUGAACAGAUUUGUAUAUAAAACUGCAGUGGUUUUUUUUUUAACUAUUAUUUUUUCAGAUUUCCUGAUACCUUAAAUACAUUUACAUCUCUAUCAGUUACUGACUUUUUGUUUGCCUUAUUUGGGCCAGGUUUUUUAUGCUUUGUACCUGGAAAACAAUUGACUUCAGUCUUUUCAGUGUUUUUUCAGGGUAAGGCCUACCACACAUCUGUGGUACCACAUCAUACUGUGGUUUCUGCAUCAGUGUCUUAAGGCUUCUGUCUAAAACUGGCCCAUGUAAGAACUGAAGAAAGUGGUCACCUAAGGAAGUUCUUGGUCAUCACGUGUUUGUUAGGGAUUGACUGUGUGCAGGUUCACAAGACCAAUAAUAACAGAGUGCUAUUGACCUGUUAAGUAUUCUUUGAAAUAGGGCUGAAAUGCAGCUUAUUAUAAGUUAAUUAUUUUUGCUGUUGUAAAUAUAAAUGGUUUACAGUGUGCUUUAGUGCGUAUUUCUUAAAAAUUCCAGCGGUGAGAAAUAAAUAAGACCCUUUUGAAUUUAGCGCUCUGGUUCUAAACUGAUAAUAUAGCAUGUUACUUGGAAAAAGUCUGGAAUAUGUGGUGCACACAACAGUGCUUCAUGAAUGAGUUUCUUAGUUUUUAUAAUGCACCAUGUUUCUCAAAGUUUGUGUUUUUCAUUUUUAGAACAUUUUAUGAUGUAUGUCUUAUGUUUAUUACUUUUCUUCCUCAAAUGAUUUGAUGAUGUACUGCACCGUAAGUUGAAGGUUAACCACCCGUUAUUCAUCUUCUGUGGGGCUUUGUGUGGCUGGGUUGCGGGGAGGGUGGGAAUUGUUUGCAGAAGGUGCAGAGUCAUUGGGUUUAUUAGUCGCUGCUGCAGGGAGCUUUUCUACAUUGAUUUCCUGUGCGUUUUUUCCCAGUUCCCAUGCAAACCGUUUCUGUUUACACACCUUCUCUGUUGUGUCAGUACUUUGAUUCUAGUGAGAUUACAGUUUACUUAAAACUUGAGAGGGCCAUUCAGCAUUGCCUAAUGUUUUUGCUUCUCAAAUCUGUGUAGUACACUGGUUUGUAAUCUUUGUGUCUUCAUUGAAUCUGAGUGUCUUUGCUAUUUCUCCCUCAAAGAAAUAUGUUGUCUUAUAUACUCUUAAGAAAAAAGAGUAAAGAAGGAUAUCUUUCUUUUUCUCAGUUUCUUUGAGUUGGAAACAAAACAAAAAAGGACUCUAGAAGAUAGACAUUUAAAUUUAAAUAGCUUAGUGGAAAAAGUUUAAGAGUUUCCAAUUAUUAGUUUUUGUUUUUAGAAUCAGUUAAGAGACUGCUCCUUGUACUGGAGAUACUAGCAUAUGUUUGUAAUGUUACCUUAAAAUUAUCUUUUUAUUUUAUAAGUCCCAUACAUACUGGUUAAAUUCUUUAAAGAGUUGGGCCACUAUCAUGGAUGGUUUCAGUGCCAUCGGCCCUGUUGAUGUAUUAUUAUAAAUGGCAUCCUUAUCUACUUAUUUUAAUGCUUAAAGUUUUAUAUAAAAUGCUUUAUUUAGAAAACUUACAUAAUAUAGUGGUGUCAGCCUUGCCAUGUACCAAUUUCACUUGAAAUUUGACACCAAUUGCAGUGGUCUGGGGUGGAGAAGGCAGUCCUGGAAAGCAUACAGAUAAGGAUAUCUUUUCCUGUUUGCAACAGUAUCCUUUAUGUGGGAGGAGAAGUUACUAUUCCAAGGAAGGCAGCUUAAGUGGAUAAUGUUUUGUGUGUCAUUGACAAUUUUUCUUAAAAUAUUUUUAAAAUUGUGUAAUUGCUAAAUGCCCAAUUUUUCUCUAUAUUUGCCUGAAGUUUUAGUAUUUGUUUUCUAGGUUGACUUCUAACCAAACCAGUGUUUGGGGAGGUUAGGUGUGUUUGUUUGCAAGCUUGGUGUGUGUGAGUGGUUUUGCUUGCUUUUUGGUUGUGUUUUCCUCCAAAGGUUUGGAAAUCUUAAUCAGUAAUUGUGUGUAUUAUUUUAUUUUAAGUGGCUUUGGUUUUGGUUUGUUUUUUCCCCUCAAGUAAAAUUGUGAACACAUUUGCUUUUCAAGGGCAGGGCGUCAGUCCUAGAGACUGAAGAGUGUUGUAGGCUGUACUCUGUGCCUUCCUGGUGUGUUUCUGGACAGUUUUUUUGUGUUUUUUUUUUUCCAACAACUUGAAAACUUAAAAGGGACAUUUGGUUAGGUUAUAUACUGUACAUCAAUCUAUGCAUAAAUGGCAGCUUGUUUUCUUGAGCCACUGUCUAAAUUUUUUUGUUUGUUUUUAUAGAAAAUUUUUGUACUGAUUGGUUCAUAGAUGGUCAGUUUUAUACACAGACUAAACAAUACAGCACUUUGCCAAAAAAUAAGUGUAGCAUUGCUUAAACAUUAUAUAUUAACACCAGUUCUUUGUAAUUGGGUUCAGUGGUGUAUUUUGCACUACCUGGAGUUACGGUUUUUAAUCUGUCAAUAAAUAAAAUGUCCUUUACCUUCAAAAAAAAAAAA